GAACGAGAUGAGCAGCGCCGGAGCCGCUGCAAGAUGCUGGAUGGACACGUCCUGCUGGGAUGGCUCUCCUCCUGCGCGCUUCUAGGGCUGCUAGCCUGCACCCCGCGGCCCUCCGCCGCCUACUUCGGGCUGACGGGCAACGAACCCCUGACCAUCCUCCCUCUGACCUCAGAAAUGGAGGAAGCCGCCGUCAAAGCCCACUACAAAGUCUGUGACCGCCUGAAGCUGGAGAAGAAGCAGCGCAGGAUGUGCCGGCGGGACCCCGGAGUGGCAGAGACCCUGAUGGAGGCCAUCAGCAUGAGUGCACUGGAGUGCCAGUACCAGUUUCGCUUUGAGCGUUGGAAUUGCACCCUGGAGGGCCGCUACCGGGCCAGCUUGCUAAAGAGAGGUUUCAAGGAGACGGCCUUCCUCUACGCCAUUUCCUCUGCAGGGCUGACACAUGCUAUGGCCAAAGCGUGCAGCGCGGGCCGGAUGGAGCGCUGCACCUGUGACGAGGCUCCUGACCUGGAGAACCGCGAGGCUUGGCAGUGGGGUGGCUGCGGUGACAACCUGAAAUACAGCAACAAGUUUGUCAAGGAGUUCUUGGGGAGGAAGCCCAACAAGGACCUGAGAGCCAGGGUGGAUUUCCACAAUAACCUCGUGGGCAUGAAGGUCAUCAAAGCCGGUGUGGAGACAACCUGUAAGUGCCACGGUGUAUCUGGGUCCUGCACUGUCCGAACGUGCUGGAGGCAGCUCUCUCCAUUCCACGAAAUAGGGAAGCAGCUGAAGCAGAAGUACGAGACGUCGCUCAAAGUGGGCAGCACUACCAACGAGGCCACGGGGGAAGGAGACAUUUCCCCACCCAAGAAAUCCAUCCCCGGUCACAGUGAUCAAAUCCCAAGGACUACGGAUCUUGUCUACAUUGACGAUUCCCCAAGCUUUUGUCUGAUGAGCAGAUACUCGCCCGGGACUUCGGGAAGGAAAUGUUACAAAGACAAGAACUGUGACAGCAUCUGCUGUGGGCGAGGGCACAAUACGCAGAGCCGGGUGGUCACUCGGCCGUGCCAGUGCCAGGUCCGUUGGUGCUGCUACGUGGAAUGCAAGCAAUGCACCCAGAGAGAGGAGGUUUACACCUGUAAAGACUGACACAUCUUCUGCCCGAUGGCGACCCUCGGAGGCGGGCGAUCACGAUCUAUGAGAACUACAUAUGGAGACAAACAGGGUUUGAUUGACCUUCUGGGAUCUGAAAGCUAUGUUGAGACAUAAGCACUUUGUAGGGUACAGGUGACCCAGCUGUGUUGCUGUUUUGUUUUUCUUUUGUUUUGUUUUGUUUUUUUCCUGUAGACUGAAUUCUAAUGAGGUCCAACCAUGUGGAAAUAAGUGCCUGUCACACUGGGGCUAGACACCAGUUGACCUUUACCUUCGUCGUCCAUGCAGUUGGAUGGAUCAUUUCUCCUUGGAACAUCAUGAUUGUUUCAUCAGUCCUCCAUAAACUUCUGAGCUGAUUAAUUCUUUCUGGAAUAAUUAACCUAUAUUGCUUUAUUCCUGAAGCUUACCCAGCAGCUUAGAGAGCUGGACAGAUUAAAAAAAAAAAAAAAAAAAAGAUCUUUCUGCUUUGAAUGCAAAGAUAUGAAGACACGAGAAGUGGUCAUUUUUUCCCUCUUCUAAAGCUGAGGAGAAGGAAGGGUGCAGUAAGCAAAAACAGCCCUUGUAGAGGUUGUUCCUCUAAUGACACUUCUGCACAUCCAGCAAACAAGGCUCUGACAAAGAGGCCCACUUGGAUGGUAAGCUUUUUAAUGACAGCUCCAUAUCCACGUGCUUUAAUCACUAAAUACAGUCGGGUCCACCAUGUUGCAGAUGGCAAUAUAUCCAAGAAAGAGGUUGGGAAGACAUUAUGAUACCAGAUGUGCCUGUCCCCUUCAGUCCUUCAGUCGUCUUAUUUUUUUUUCAUACAGUUUCUUCAAAUGCAGUUCCUUCAGCACUAUCACUGUCUUAAUUUUUUAUUUAAAAAACAAACAAACAAACCACUAGAUAAUUUUAUUUUCCCUUUGUGCAUGGCAUUUUUCUCUCCUCUUCCCACCUCUUAAUGAUUGAAUUCACCCUGUGGAAAUUGCUUCAGACAUCUAAACUGGAACUUUUUAGUCUUAUGUCAGCUGAAUUUGGACAUAUAUUUUUGAGGAGGACAAGAGAAAUUCCAGUGCAUCUUGGAACGCAGCAAUGUCUUGCAUUGUAUAGCAGCUGUUUUGGACUGGAUCGGACCUUUGGAGGAUUUGACUUUUCUUUUACUAGGUCAUCAUUCCAUUUACUCUUAACUACAGCAGUGGUACAUGACACAAGCUGUAUAACCCUAUGACCUUAAGAUUUGUUUUAACCACUAGAUUGAGAACUGUAUUUUAAAAAUACAGUUGCUAAAUGGUAACCAACUGUUGGAUUUGGAACAUCUUAUCAACGCAAAGACAACCCAGCAAGUGGCCAGAGAAGCCAGAAGUCAACUGCAGAGGUAGAUUGCUCUGAUGCUGUGAAAUAGAUGACAAUCUUCAGCAGUUCUUUUUCCCUUUGAAGAGGAUAUUUUCAAUCCAGGACUUGAUGCAAUAAUAUCUGUUAGUCAUAUAAAAGUGCUUCUGGGAUUGGAAGUGGCUGAUGAAUGCCUCAACAAAGCUUUCUGAGGAAACACUGGAGAGCGGAGGGCAUUGUAUUGUAUUUUUAUAUCAGCUUUUGAUUGUCCAGUAGUAGCAAUUUCCACCCAUUUUAUACUGACCAUUGAUCUGGUUCUCAAAAGAGGAAAGCUGGUGGAGUUUUUCAAGUAGUAGUAGAGGUUGGCCAAGCAAAAAGAGAGCAGUUUUUCAAGAUGGACCAUUAUUUUUCAAGGCAUUGUGUUGUUUUCUUUUUUUUUUAAAAAAAAACAACUUUCUUUUUUCUUUUUUUUUUUUUUCUUUCCCCAAACAAUAGCCACUAAUAUUUAAGCUGUUUAUGUGCAUCUACUGGGAGGAAAAAAGGUUAUUUUUUUUUUCUUGGUAACAGAUAACUGCAGCCCAACCUGACUUAUUGGCAUCAAAUCUAGAGGUAGGGAACUCGGGAGGGACAGGAGGUUACUUUUAGUAGUGCUGUGGUCCUGCAAAGUAAAGCAUACUGGCUCUUUUUUUGAUAUUUGUUUAUUUGCUGUACAAAUCUGGAGAUUGUGGUAGUGCUGUAGAAGGAGUAAUCCACACGAGGAGUGGUGCACACACAGUAUUUGUCCCUUCCACCACGACAGAUGCCUGGUGGAGCAUCCGAGGAAGGUCUCACGGCUUCUGGGAGAUGCACCUCUUUGAAAGUCACUCGCAAGCAGUUUAUCUAAUGGUUUAAAAAACAAACUGACUAGAAACCUAUUACUCAGUGUCUGCAUGCGAGUAUGUAUCUAUGCUCAUGCAGACACAUAAAUAAAUAUAUGAAGAUUGAACGAACAUUUAUUUAUUUUAAAGCCCUUCAGAAGGACCUUCUUAUGGUUUCAAUGUGGUAUUAUGUUAAAUUCUUUCUCCCUCUCUCUCGCACGCACACACACACAUGUGCAUAUGUGCAAACUCUUCGUUUCGUUUCGUUUUUGUGUGUGUGUAUGUGUGUGCUAGGAUAGCUCUUCCCCUCCAAAGUAAGGCUGGAUCCAAACCUGCCCAAAACAUGAGGGUUUGUGGAUCUGAAUUACUAUUUCUGGCCCAGUUCUUUUUUUUUAGAUAUUUGUUCUUUGUUAAAUAUUGGGCCACAACUUAUGUGCAUUAUUAUUAUUAUUAUUAAUUAUUAUUAUUAUUAUUAUUGUUGUAUUUAAACCGUGGGCCUCAUUUUCCUUCUUUUCACUGGUGUCUCUGUCUCCGUUGACCUCGCUGGAGUAACUCCACAUUGCACUGGUGUGAGAGGAGAAUGAGUCCCUAGAUGCAGAAGAGAGGGCAGAGCUGGCAUGGAUAUCAUUGUAGAGAAAAUACCUGUGUCUGUGGGGUAGGGUAGCAUGGUGUGUUAGGGGGGAGAGAGAUGGGUGGGCAAUGAGCAGGCUGCCAAAGCUAGACUAGAAGAACGAGGCAAAGAGUGAAUGAACUACUGAGUGAAAGAGCUCUUCUGUGUAUUAUAAUUCACGCACUGAAGCCUGGAUGCUUUCUGUAAGUAUUUAAAAACAAAAACAAAAAAAAAAAAAACAAAAACACCC